GUACUCCUGCUGUAUUUGGCCUGCAAACUAUGGCAAAUGUACGUUUUGAGCACCACGGACCAGACCUCUAAAUUGCCUCUGCCUCCUGGAAGCAUGGGCUGGCCUAUCAUAGGCGAGAGCCUUAAUUUCAUCUCCAAGCCAACUGCAUUUUACAACGACAGACGAACGAAAUACGGCCGCGUGUACAAAACCCACCUUCUUGGCCAACCCACCAUUCGCGUCAUCGGCGCAGAAAACGUCCAGAAAAUUCUGACUCACGAGGAUGAGCUGGUUACUCAUCGUUGGCCAAGUAGCACGAGAACCAUCAUGGGCGAGAACGGUGUUAUCCACUCCGGUGGGGCCGAACACAACUCUCGCAGAAUUGCCAUUGCCAAAGCAUUCCAGCACUCAGCUCUCAGUACUUACGUCCCAGAAAUGCAGGAGACGGUGCACAAUUUCAUCCGAACGUGGUGCGACAAGGGGCGCAUCCUCGGCUACCCGGAGUGCAGGACCUUGGCCUUCAGCAUCACCUCGAAAGUUCUCCUGGGCUGCGACUUCACACAGAGCAAAGACGUCGAGGAGGCCCUUGCCAACUUUGAAGAUAAUCUAUUUUCUUUCCCGGUGAACAUACCUGGCAGUGGAUUGCACAAGGGUAUCAAGGCGCGAAAUUUCCUUUUGACUAAAAUCGAUGAAUGCAUAAGUCGGCACAAGUCUGGAAGUCAGUCCUAUCCCAGUGCACUGGGGCUCUUGCUCUCCCAGUCCCCGCAAGGCAGUCUCAGCCAGACAGAGCUCCGAAACAUUGCCUUAGAACUGCUUUUCGCUGGCCACCAAACUACCGCCAGCGCCGCCUGCUGCCUGAUGAUGCACCUGGGCAAGAAAACCGAAGUUGUAGACAGAAUCGCCGAAGAACUCUACGACCGUCAUCUCUUCCAAGAGGCCAAUUUCAAUACCCAGCUGAAUCUGGACGCUAUAAGUGAACUCCGUUACUUGAGCCAGGUGGUCCGGGAAGUGCUGCGUAUCAACCCACCGGUCGGCGGCGGCUUCCGAAAGGUUCUCAAGACAUUCGAUGUGGACGGCAUGCAAGUUCCUAAAGGUUGGACAGUGACUUACAGUAUUCGAGACACGCACGAGACCACCAACUUCUUCCAACAACGAGACAAAUUUGACCCCGACAGGUGGAACGCCAUCCAAGGAGACUCCCAGGAGGUGAAAUACAACUACCUUCCAUUCGGUGCAGGUGCCCGGGGCUGCUUAGGCAAAGAAUUCGCCAAACUGAUCCUGAAGAUUCUGGCAAUAGAGUUGGUGAGGAACUGUAGCUGGCGUCUACUGAACGCGUCUCCAGAGAUGAAAUAUCUGCCGGUUGCUUACCCUACUGACAAUUUGCCCAUAGAGUUUUCUUCUGCACCGCGCCCGCUCAGACCCAGAGCCCUUACACUUUAA